GCUAUUUAUGUUGUGUGCGCGCUGGGUUGAAUCCUCAGAAGGUCAUUAAAACAAGGUCAUGGGUGGUAAAACCAAGCCAUCCUCAGCUGGCAAACCUUUGAUGGGUUAUGAUGAGAUAGUUAUUCAAGAAGAUGACUCCAAAUGUUGUUCGUGUACACCGAGUUGGGUCAAGACGUUUUUAAUUUUCUUCACUGCAAUUAUCUUGGUAUUUUGUCUUCAAAUAUUUAUAUUGGCUAGCUGAUUGCAUUAGCUUUAAUCGGGUUGGGAGUUUUCCUCCUAGUUAUUCGUUUGCCCUUUGUUCCCGUGCUGCUGGGUGAAAUUGCUUAUUUAAGUCAUUUUCUAAUGUUCGUUGUUGGAGGACUUCUGGUGGUCGUGUGCAUAAUUGGAUUCAUCGGAGUUUCAAAUGGAAAGUCCACUCUACUUUUGACAGUAAGAAUUUACAGCAUUAUUCUACUUAUAGUUUGCUUGGAUAUUGUUCAUCAUCUUAUUAAUUCAAUUCACUACUGGUAUUUUGGCUCUGUGUUUCUCCAAUAUUCUGACUGAAUGGCUUGCUGACAGAUUGAUGCUUACCAUGCAAACUCUGUACUUCCGCGACACUGAUGGUGUUGACGCUGCUGUAGACCACAUACAACAAAAGUUCAAAUGCUGUGGAUCAAGGAGUUACCGAGAUUGGACAGAUAGCAUCUUUCAAAAUUAUUCGAAACGAAAUGAAAUAUUACCAUAUCCAAAUUAUCAACUAGUUGUUCCUGAUUCAUGUUGCGUAAGAUCAGUUAAAAGCUGUGGAACACUACCGCACCCAUCGAAUGUUUAUAAUGAGGUAGGUGUUAUAUAUAUUUGAACACAAAUAUUGGUACAAAAGUGCACUGAAUAAAUAUGCGCCACAGUCACUUGAUGUGUGUGUGGGCUGUGUUACUGCCGGGUGCCCAGACCUAAGCAGGUGGUUUUCGUAUUGGGGCACACCCGGGGCUUUCGACAUAAAGCUCUAAUCUACAAGGCAACAGAACUACGUUGCGAGAUGCAUUCUCAUCGUUGCUAGUGAUCAAUGAUAGGUUAAAGUGCCGGACAUUCACUUUUCGUCCCCUCAAUUUCGUAAACAACACCCGCUUCUCGAGAAGGCAGUGAAUAGGAGUUACCUGUCGGUGGCUGUAUACGCGUGGUCAUGUGAGAGCAUUUCUAGUUCAUUUUAUUUAUUUAUUUUAACAUAUAGAUAUUGGUACAAGGGGGCACCAAAUACAUAUGCGCCACACAAAUCUCACUUGAUAUGUGUGAGGGCUGUGAUACUGCCCGGGUACCUAGACCGAGGCAGGUGGUUUUCUUGGGGGGCCACACGCGGAGCCUUCGACCUGAAGGUCUGAUCCACAAGGCAGUGUAGCAUCGUAAGGAGAUGCAGUCCCAUGGUAGCCGGUGUCCAACGAUUGGUUCAUACGCCAUUUGUUCCUUCAGGAUACUGGAGCGCAUGUGCAUAAUCGGUUUGGAAUUAGUAUUUUCCAACUCCCAUAGGUGGAGUCUCUGUGUCCACCGACCCUGUUAGAGCGUCGAAUAUUCACUUUUCGUCCUCUCAACUCCGUAAACAACAGCCUUGUCGCGAGAAGGCAUUGAAUAGGAGUUACCUGUCAGUGGCUGUAUACGCAUGGCCAUGUGAGAGCAUUUCUAGAGGGAGAGCGGACUCUCCCCAACCUCGGCCAUAUAUAUAUAUAUAUAGACAAUACAUUUGAGGAUAGUAGAAAUACUAUUUUCGUCAAGUUCCACAAAGUAAAAAUUUAGAUUUCUGAUUCUUCGUGGCUUGAUGUACACAACUUCUUUGUCAACAGUCUACCCAGUACUCAGUUUAUUCAAAACUACUAAGUCAAACCUUAGUAGUGACAUAUCUCAAGAUACUACAUAUUAUUAUAUUGUAUCGGUCGCUUUUAUCGGUCACAGUGUAGAACCUGGCACUUAUGUACGUCAACUCAAGUUGCCACACCCCAUUACACACAGACUAAUGUAGUUGUCAGGCCAAAUCCAAGAAUAGUAGAGGUUGUAACAACAUCAUUGGUAGUACGAAAGACUAGACAUCGAAUAUACGGUUCGAGAAAAUAUAAAUUAGUAAACUAAAAACGAAAAAUGUUGUGAAGAGUCUAGAAUCUGAUAAUUAUGGUAAAGUGAAUAACAGAUGUAUCUGCACUAUUGUAAGUAAUUUUGAGCCGCCAUUCAAAGUCUGUGACUACUGGUUACGACAGUCGUGCGGACCCCAGCCAGAUGGUCUACAUCUGUCAAUAUGGCCCUGUCUAAUUUUCAAUGACUUCAUGGACUAAGGCCACAUUUUAGCUUGCCCGCUCCUAGCCUUCUUCCAAUCUACUGCUGCACCAGACUACAUCGGCAGUCGAGGUAAACAGUGGUUGGGCAUAAGUAACACAUGCCCCAACAAACUCACUUGAUCGAUUUCCCAUCUUUACCUAGUACUCUAUUCCUAACCUAGAGAUUCCUUACUCUGUAGUCCCAAAAUAUAUGAGCAAUACUUCGAAGACACCUAUGAUCUAAUGUCAGUAACCUGCGAAUAUCUUUUACUCUUAAUGGCCUUGUUUCUCAUCCACAAAGUAGAACGGAGCGAACUGUUUCGCAGCAAAUUCGCCGUUUGAUUGGAAGACGUCACAAGUAACACAAGUCUGGCAAAAACCAAUGGAGCUUUAUGAAUCCGUGCCGAGACUUCAUCAGACACCAGGUCAUCAAGACUGGUGAUAAUCCAAAGAUAAGUGAGGUGGUCAAUGCCUUCAGUUACUUCACUGAUUAUCAUUAAUUCAGGCGAUGACUCGAGCCAGUUUCGAAGUAAAAUUUUACAUUUGGAGGAAGAGAGCUGCUUCCUGAGUAUGUUUACAUUGUUGCUUUAGGUGGUCAGAGGACUGCAUUUCGUUAGCGCCCUCACCAAACAGAACUAUGUCAUCUGUGUAUUUUAAACUGACCACUGUAUCUCCUGGUAAAGGACCAACUACUGAAAAGUUAGAGGAUAAAAGUGUUAUCUCUAAAUCUGUGUCUACAAUAGAGCUAAAUAAAAAUGGAAAAAAGCGGGCAGCCCUGACAAACACCACUUGAAGUAACCAAUCCUGAUGACAAUUUCCCAUAAGUCCUGACUCUACCAGUAGUGUUCGUGUGGAGAGCCUAUACAACGUUAGUGUGAUUGUCAUGAGACAUUUAUUGUUUCAAGGUGCAACUACCACCUACUUACAAAUAUCGUGAUUACUAAAUCUACCGAAUUGAAAAAUGUUCGGAAACUCGUCUUGUCAUGCCCCAAACAACAAAGAGCGACAGUAACUUAGACUGAUAAAGUGUCUAACGAUUGUGAGUAGCUGUGGACAACGAGAGCAAAAUAGAUAGGAAAAGCGCUGUAUAACACUAAACAACUACUCAGAUUGAUCAAAACACCAGGUAUUCGGAAGUCAGUUGUUAGUUAAGCUGUCUCUGUAAAAGAUGAAAUAGCGCUCUAUCCGCAGCUCAGACGUUUAGAACGAUGGAUGAAACACUUGAGAACGGCUCAGCAGGGUCUCACUUACUCCUUGCUUCCAAACAACUUGGAUAGAAAAUCGUCACAGGUCUCACGACUUUCAGCAAGGUUGAAAGGGUCACAUAUAACUAAGGUAGGGAGAGCAGUAUGAUUAAAUGGGUUAGACUCAGUGUUUGUUGGUGGUGGUCCAGUCUUACCGUCUAAGUUGACUGGAAUAUUAGCUAGACUCAGACAACUAGGCUUAAUUUCAUCUGGCUUAUCUCGAUCGCUGAUCACCCUAGUUUAUACGAAAGAGCUAAGAUCAUGCGACAACCAGCUUAGCGAAUACUCGCGUUUAAGACGUAGUUCUACAUAGUCAUUUGAUGCCUAAUUGGAACUCGGAAGCAGCCGAUUUUACACCUAGCUCUGUUUAUUGACCAAAUGUUUACACUUCGCCAAGUUUUAGAAAUCAGUUACACUGAGGCCCUAUUAUGACCGUAUUCUUUAUUCGAAAGACGCUAUUCGACUGAGUCGAUCGGAAUGUUCUGCGGUAAGUUUUCCACUGAAUGAUGUACCGAAAAAGUACGUAAACCGUAUAAGUCGUUCACAUAUGUGCGUUAGCCUAAGUCCCCAUACGAUACUAGUACAACGCGAUGAAAUUAAAAUAAUGAGUAUCGAAACAAGAAAUAAGAUGUAUAAAGGAAUACCGGAGCUCAAGUUUUAGACGCAAAUUUUUUAAUGCUCAGAGGUUAUGGUAGGUCGUCAUACCAACUGGCAGCGGUGUUGCUCACUCUCCAUUUUCGUUUCAUUUUGUCAUAAAAAUCCUAGUGGUGACGUCCUCACCUGGUUUCAUGAUCUACCAGAAGAUUCGCUUACUGAAUACCCAGACGACAUUGUUCUUCUUAGUGAAGACCUUGACGAGAUGCAGUCUUGUAAACACCUUGAGUAACAAUGCAGGUUUCUUUAAGAUGUUUCUCCCUUUCCAAAUAAAGAAUGCUGCUUCGGGUUUUGGAUGAGCCAAUAGUUUGUGUGGUCACAAGGAGUGAACGCGUCGACCACCACUUACGUCCUUAAGCGAUCCUAACGAGACCUCGACAUAGAUUCCGAAAGCCCGCUUAGCUUUCGCCAAUUGGCCACCUGUAACGUCCGCCAACGAAAAGACAAACAUAUUGCACAUGAACCUACUAGUUGUUAUCCUGUGGGUGUGAAAUACAGUCCAUUAAAGUUGAAUAUAUUCUUAGUCUCUCAGUAUCUGACCCAAGGUGUUUUCGAAGCGUUGUUCGCGUUUGGUAGGACGUUACGGUUUGGGUUCUAGACAUUUUUCUGGGCGAGGUAGUGAAGUGUUGGCUGUGCCUGAGUAACACACCUCGACGCGCUAGGGUAACUGUUGUCAUAAAAAGUUGGGAGGAAAUUAGGGAUGGGCAAGCGAAGACGUAGUUAAUUAAUGGAGUUAACGUCCGCACGACUAGUGCUUAGAGACGUUGGGUGAUAUGGGAUAUCCAAAGUCAGCAAAUAACCCCAAAACAAAUAUCUGGCCCCCGAAAAUAAUGGACAUACAAACAAAUCCCUUGUAUGCAGGCUCAAAUUCUAAUGUAGUCUUGGCUCACACUUUGCCUUUAGAUCACAAAAUACUGCUCGAGACGAUAGAAUAACGCUACUAUUAGUUGGUACAGUCAUAACCGUUUUUUUUCCAGGGAUGUAUGGAGUCGAUACUUUUUAACCUACGUGAACAGUAUUACAUAAUAUGCGUGGUAGUGCUCGCUCUUGUUUUUGUGGAGUUCUUCGGCGUGAUACUUGCAUGUUGCUAUUCAAAGGCACCAAAGAUGGACCGUUAAAUGCUGCGCUUCAAAAAUCUUAGUAAUUAAUAUUUUCAACAAGUUUAUUGACAUUCAUUUUUAAUGUACAGCUUUCUUAAAAUAUAUAAUUUUUUGCACACAAGUGAAUUUUGUAUUAAUACAGGAUGACUCGAAAAGGCGUUUUAUGCAUCUCCAUUGUAUUCCGCCCUAAUUUCAGCACCAUACUCUCCAUACUGCCGAAUCAUAUCAUCUCGACGGCGGUCACGGCGCUUAUGAUCACGAUCCCGCUCGUCUGGACUCCGGCGUUUUCGAUGUCGGUCUCGACUCCCUAAAAAAGUUAGGCAUAGUUUAGCAUUGUGUACGUGUACGUGGUUAAAAUCAGUUAACUUUCAAAAACAUUGAACUCACGGCUACGACCGCGUCGAUCACGUUCUUUUGAUUUACUCCGAGAUCGACUGCGCCUUCGUCUGUAUUCUUUGUCGCGAUCACGAACAUGUGCACUUGAGAUAGGUCGACCGAAACUGCGAUCAUGACUGGGAUCACGUCCAUUUUCAUGUCUGCGAUGAGGCUUGUCAGUUGGUCCUUGGCGAUUCUUACCUAAGCCCUUGCCUAUAAAGAAUAAAUAGCUCAAAUAUUAGUUACGAAUAAUCCCUAAUGAUGGUUUGACAAAUAUAUUCGAAACAGGAGACUUGAUAAUGAAAGAAAAUGUGGUUCGAAAAGUGAAGGGCUGGAGCUUAAGGUCGAAAGGGAGGUAAAAAAAUAAAAGUAUCUAAGUCACUGGUUAGAUUUGGCCCAAGGCCUCCAUCUACUGAUCACGAUCAUCAUGCCACCUGAAUUCGGCAUUUCUAAGUUUUGCAAUCUAGUAAAAGCAACAUCGCGGAAGCAUCGAUGUCACUCGACGCACUAGGACACGAAAAGUAUGAAUUCGACUUCUCCGUCAGGUUGUGUAAUGCUUAGAUUAUAAUUACAUCAACGGAACGCACUUAAGACCCACUCGAAUAAUGAUCCAGAAAACGAACAUUCAAACGCUUAUUUUGUAAGAUCAGGUUCCCACUGACUUAAAAAGAUUUCUAACGAAAUAUUCAAAUUAUGUCCGAUGGGAACAUAGAUGUCAAAAAAUGUGAGUACCGGUCUGAAACAUGUAUUUAAACGGAGUAUGUUACAGUUACUACUCCUAUAUUGUACUGUAGCCGGGACAACUUCGUUUCGGUUGUAGUAACACAGACACUCAAAGUAUCUAUAAAUUUACUUUUUAUGACUACAAAAGCGCUUGUCUUUAGCGUGAAGAUACUUAACGUUGGCUAGAAAUUCCAGGAAUACUGCCUUUAUUUAGUACACACUGCAUAUAAUAGUGUAGUCAGAUGUCUAUUACGAAAAACGCAGUAAUUCGCAACGUGGAAUCUUGAACACAUGUACAUUGGUUCAAGUUGUUACGUCACAGUAGUAAGAAUAUUAAUGUUAAUAGAAAUGACUAAGUAUAAAAGAGAAUUAAAGACUAAUAUAAUUAGGAAACUUAUGAUCUAACGGAAGACAAAAAAUCAGUCGACCUGCACCAUUGCAAAUGAUUUAUGAGCUGUCACUAUCUCUAACUGUUGAACAUCAGUAACGUAAUAGUAGUGAUUUUAUAGGUCCGAAACUUUAUUUCCUAGAGUAUUACGCAUUAAGAACUUCUCUGAUCAUGGGGCAUUCUAGAAUUUAAAAGCUGAUAGGAUUACAGAUGAUAGGUACUUGGAAUUUUCAUCACUAUUUAAUAAACUGAAUCAAAACACUUCGAAAAUCGAUCGAAUAUCAUGAAGCAGUGGGUAAUGUUUAGACCAUACAUUAAGUACUGGACAGGAAUGAUGUAAGUUGAUGACGCUCAGAACAUUGACCGAUUGAGUUAGGAUGUUUUCUAUCUAUUUUCAACCGCCGUCUAUCCUGCCAAGUUAUGCUUAAAAGUACGCAAACUUAACGACAAAAGCACUGAGUUUUCAACCAUCAAAGCGUGAGGUGACAAGGCUUAACACUGCUGAGGGUUGAAAACAGUAUGUGCCCAACAUAAAUUCACUGCCUAACCGAACGUUCAACGGUAGCUGAAACAGAACUAGAUUUUACAGAAAGAAGGUUGGUCGUGAAUUCACUGACUAGUAAUGUUGUUUCUGAAACUGGAUGGUUAAAUUGUAGUUUUCGUCUUCCUAGAUAUCAUCAUCAACAUGCACGUCCAAACCUGUGCUUAUAGGACAAUUCGAAGUCUUGCUCCUGAACUACGAGCAUCCAUUAUCUUUUAAGUCAAAUUAAUUACUAUUAUAUUGGGAGUAUGAGAUAGGGCUGAGAUCAGACCUUAGCAGUCAUAAUAAAGCUUUGGAUUUUUCACACGGAAAAUAUACCUACACAUCAAGUAAAAUAUUUGUGACCUAAGCAAUUUGUAGCAAUGAGGACUAUGCAUAAACUAACAACAUAAGAUAAAUGAGGGGAUGUUUAUUUAUGCUAACCAAGUUAUGACAAUACUCCUUAAGACAAAAUCUGCAAAUCAAAUUGAAGAUGCGUUAGUAGUGAAGAACAGUUUACUGAAAGUAAUCUUGAGCCUCUCCUGAGAUGUUGCAGAAGCAAAACGCCGUAAAAUCAUUAGUCUUGAGUAGGCCGAACUACCCGACCGUUGUUGCUACCUUGACGUGGUGGUCGGGCUUGCCUAUCGUGAUGAAGCAACCGAGCUAUACUGGCUGGAACAACUGUUCUUCAAGGUUCUACCAUGUCAGACAGGUCGGUUGAUGAGCGGUAAAACUAAAAGCAACAAACCCAAGGUCCGAAGGCGAAGUCGUAUUGCUGACUGUACAGAGGUAUGGCAGUAGUAAGUUGUUUCCUUCAGACAACCAGCAUGACAGCGAUGCUGCCUUCCCACAAGGAGGGGUGAGGUUAGAAAAGGUCGACCCUAAAACUGCACACCUCGCCUUAUCCCACGGAUAUCCGUCUCCGGCGGUAAGGUCCUAAAAAGUACGGAGCUAACACAAAAAUUACCCAUAAAAAUGUCGUGUGACCGACCUCAAGCAGUUGUCCCUCGGGCACUGCGGUCACGCUCCCAGGUCACUAAGACCACCUCUAAUCCAAUUUCCUUUUCAGGUACCUCUAGAAAAACUCUUCCACGGUGUGGGCAACCGGGAAGUGCUAACCGCCCUCAUACCUCUAACAGCACUCAAGACCACUGUAUUCAUAAUCAACCUCCGUCUUCACUUUCUAUUAUUCAUCCUACAUCGACUUUCACCUCUAAACUUCCUUUUUCGGCUUCCUCCUCAGAUGUCACCAUAGCCAACGAUUCUAGUACUCAAAACACUGUCCCAGGUCUACUGAAACCUCGCUCCAAACUACACAUUGGAGCCUUCAACGUACGCACCCUAUGUCAAAUCGGUCAACAGGCUUCCUUCGCUAGAACCUUAGAAUCUCGUAACAGUGUGGUCAUUCACUUGACCUCACCUCGGGAAAACGGAGAGCCAAUGAGAUACAUCCUCCAUGUAUCUGGUGACCCGACGGCCAGCUCUCGUGGACUGGCAGGAGUAGGCAUAGCACUAAGCAUGAGGGCGGAACAAACACUGUUAGAGUGGAUCCCCGUUAACAGUCGUUUAUGUGCUGUUCGGUUAAACGGCUCCGUAAGAACUCGGAAGGAUAGGGACACACGUUGCCAUUUUGUCGUUUCUGCCUACGCUCCCACCGACUGCAGCUCAGAUGAAAUGAAAGAUGAAUUUUACAGAAAGCUAUCUGAACUUCUUCAGAAAGCUAAACGUUCAGACAUAGUACUCGUAGCAGGUGACUUUAAUGCCCAGAUAGGUAGUUUAAACCAAACAGAAAAGCAUUUAGGUGGGUAUUUCAGUAUUCCGGCUCAGUGAACAAAUAAUGGUGAUCGUCUGCUGCAACUGUGCUCAGACAAUCGUUUAUUUUUAGCAAACAAAAAUUUUAAGCAUAAGGAGAGACAUCGUCUAACAUGGAGACCCCCUACACCAAACCAACGAUGAACUCAAAUAGACCAUAUCGCCAUCAGUCAUUGUUGGAGAGGGUCGGUAAAAGAUUGUCGCUCAUUCUGGAGUACCUGCUUGGACUCCGACCAUGCCCUAAUACGGGCACGCAUCUGCUUGCGCCUCACUGGAAAACGAGGCUGACCCAGAUGUUGCUUGGAAAGCUAUACAAACAGCUGUGGAAACAGCAGUGACAUCUAUCGGUGAUUUAAACAACAGGGUUACGAAGAACCAAUGGAUUUCCUCUAGGUCUAUUGCACUGAUGGAUUCUCGUAAACUCAUCCCAUCACGCUCUGAACACGAUGAAGAGCGACAACAAAUCAGAUCUAGGUUAACCAAAAGUCUAAGAAACGACCGUGAGCAGUGGUGGGCAACGAAAGCGAAAGAGAUGGAAAUGGCGGCGGCUAUAGGGAACACAAGACAGCUCUACAGAAUAAUAAAAGAAACUGGAAUUAAUAAGUCAAGUUUGAGUCAGACUAUUUCGGAAAAAGACGAUACUCUCAUCUGCUCCCAGUCCAGACGCUUAGAACGAUGGGCGGAACAUUUUAGGGAACAGUUCAGCUGGCCUUCAGCUACUCUACAACUACCCUCCAUUCCCAGACAGUGUGAAUGGAACAUUGAAGUAGGUCCCCCAACUCUUGCUGAAGUUCAAAAGGCUAUAGUUAAUCUGAAACGAGGAAGGGCAGAUGGUCCAGAUGGAUUGGCUCCAGAGGUCUUUAAGGAUGGUCGUCCAAUUUUAUCGAUUAGGUUGACUAAUAUUUUAGCUAAAAUCUGGGAGUUAGACGUUAUUCCAUCUAACUGGUCACAAUCACUUAUCGUCCCAAUAUAUAAGAAAGGGUCAAAAUCAUCCUGUGACAACCACAGAGGGAUUAGUUUAACUAAUAUAAUAUCUAAAAUACUAGCCUCGAUAAUUAUCGGACGCCUAACUAAGACUCGUGAACUGCAAACACGAGAGAACCAAGCUGGCUUUAGACCUGGUCGUGGCUGCAUCGACCACAUAUUCACCAUUCGUCAGAUUCUAGAACACAGGCAUACUUAUCGACGUCCGACAAUGGUGGUCUUUCUCGACUUAAAAGCAGCAUUUGACUCGGUAGACCGCGAGAUUCUGUGGCAGUGUCUGUCAUUGAAAGGCGUACCCCAGAAGUACAUAGACCUUGUAAAGGCUCUUUACUCGAACACUACCAGUCGACUCAGAGCUUAUGGCGAACUGUCAUCUACUUUUGCAACCUCAAGUGGUGUCCGUCAAGGCUGUCCACUUUCUCGAUUUUUGUUUAACUUCAUCAUAGACCUAUUGAUGGAAAUAACAUUCUCGUCGACUGAGUUCUCGGGAAUUGAUCUCCUUUCAGGAGGUCCACUUAUCGACUUAGAAUGCACAGAUGACAUAGUCCUGUUUGGUGAAGACGCUGAUAAAAUGCAGAGCCUUUUGGUAGCACUGAGCAUAUAUAUUAGCGCUCUCUUGUACCAAUUUUCAUUUGUCCAAAUAAAUAAUAAAUAAACUGAGCAACAAUGCCAGAAUGUUUGGAAUGCGCUUCUCUCCCUCUAAAUGCAAGCUGCUGCUUCAGGACUGGUCUGCGUCAACACCUGAACUAAGGAUAGGGAGUGAAAAAGUCGAACGCGUUGACAACUUCACUUAUCUUGGAAAUCUGAUCAGCCCUAAUGGGUUGGUGUCUGACGAAGUCUCAGCACGGAUUCGAAAAGCUCGCUUGGCUUUUGCCAACUUACGUCACCUUUGGCGAAGGCGAGAUAUCCGUCUAUCAAUAAAAGAACGAGUAUACUGCGCGUCAGUCCGUUCUGUUUUAAUUUACGGCAGCGAAACAUGGCCAUUAAGAGUAGAAGACACUCGUAAGCUACUAGUAUUUGACCACAGAUGCCUCAGAAAUAUUGCUGGCGUCUGCUGGGAUCACCGGGUAAGUAAUAGUGAGGUUAGACGCAGGGAAUUAGGGAAUGAUGGUAAAUCACUUGAUGAGGUUAUGAAUCUUCAUCGACUGAGAUGGUUGGGCCACGUGUUACGUAUGCCUGAACACCGAUUACCACGACGUGUAAUGCUAACCGGUGUUGGGGAUGGUUGGAAGAAAGUUAGAGGCGGCCAAACCAAAACGUGGCAUCAGUGCUUGAAGUCACUAACUUCAAGUCUUAGCCGUGUUGGUAGAUGCAGACUACUUGGUUGGGGUCCGCGUGACUGUCGUAACCGAUGGUUGGAGACUCUUGGUGACAUGGCUCAGAAUCGAUCACAAUGGCGUCGGUGUAUACACUCUUUAUCUUCCCUUAAACUAAGAGAUUAAAAUCACUUCAUAUCUUUCUUUCUACGAACUAAUUCUUUCUUCCUGUACCAUAUCCUUAUUGCAAUCUUUCUUUUAUAUAUUACCACCUCUAAAUUAACUACUUUUAUGAAUCCGGUGUCCAUCUUGUUGUGCUAAUGAGGUAUGGCAACUUGGACCGAUGCAUAUAUGUGCCUGGUCCUACGUUGUAGCUGACUGACUGAGGCCGAACUAGAAUAAAGACUCAACAAACAUUCUGUAGGCUACUAGUUCAGGUGAAAAGAUAGUUAACCGACAUGCUGAGAAUUGUAGAAACUAAGUGAUUGACUUACGAUAACAGUUUCUAUGAGUACAUAAAUAACUGACUAUCAUAGUGUUCAUAUAACUUACCUAAACGCCUAGGCCUCCAAUCAGGACGAGUCCUUCCCCGCUCAACGUCUGUCACAACGCGGACACCAUCGAUUUUUCUGCCAUUUAGGGCUUUGACGGCGGCUUGAAUGUUAAAAGGAUUGUACAUGACAAUACAAGCACACAAAACAGGUUACACAUGAAAUCUCAUUAUUAGUACAAAAGAAAUCACUUAAAUAUUUGGGACGUUUCAUGAACAAUUAGAAUACAACACAAUAAUUUGUAAGCAAACAUAUUGAACCAUUUCCCUUUAUUUGAUCCUUUUUCGGAAGUAGUUAUUACCAGAUGAGCGGCUUGCACUAACUUAGAAACUCACCAAGAGUAUCCUUCCUUCUAUGCACAGCUACGUAGAACGACAAAGAGCUUCAAACAAAGGUGUAUUUACAAAACUCUAUUUCGUUCAAGAACUGGGACUAAUAUAUCAGUUAACCAGAAAAGGUCUGCCCUAUGGUAGCAACAAAUGUGGCUGACCAUUAAUUAGUAGCUUACCACACAAACAAACCUAAGCCAGAUUUUCUGUAGUUAAGCGCUUGGCUGAAAACCAUGAUUUUAAAAUGCAGUGCAGGCCAUUCAAAAUAUUUUGAGGGUGAACACAACUGCACGUUUACGAAUAGAUGCCUGAAGAGAAAAGAGAACAAACCAUACAAUGAAGGCUAUGAAGAGCUAAUUAACUAUUUCGGCCUAUAAACAUGACACCCCUACGAAUCACCACACUGAAAAUGGGUUAACUAAAGAUCACUGAGCAACUGUGAGCGGUGUUACAAAGUAAAUAUGGCAGCUCACCAUGCAUAUCACGUUCAUGUUCAAACUCCACAAAACAAUAUCCACGAGGCUUCCCCGUUAUAACAUUCUUUACCAUUACAAUCUACAAGCCAGUAUAUAAACCAAAGAUAAGGUUACGUUGUUAAUCCUCCCGAAGACAUCAAGUUCCCGCUUUAGUUUGGAUUCUGUGGUGUCAUAGUUCUAGAAAGUCAUAAUGGCAUGUUGAUGACUUACAAGUCUGGCUACGAACAUCGUGUUGUAAGGAUUAGAAGUAGCCUUCGGAUUUUUCUUAGGAUUCCCUAAACAAAAUCCAUUAAAAAAAAUCGGAAUCCAACGUACAUAAUGCGAGAUCUUGUUCAAGUUUAUAAUUGGCUUGCUCUUGUUUCUCUCGACGCUGUAGGACAAAUAACAUAAUACCAAAACUUACUUUUCUUUCCUUACGUUCCUCACGAGUUUCUAUGCGCACCGGGGCUGGAGUUUCAGACGCAUCCUAACAAAAAAUAAGUGCUUAUAGAACAAGGAUAACAAAAGCAUGGAAUCCAACAGAAGAACCUCAGUACAUUUGAAAGAUUACUACUUAACAUUAGUUAGAAGCUUACUUCAAACUCUCCCAAGAAUUGAGCUACACCGGUAUAUGGUAAUUUCCUAUGAUUUGCAUGUUUCUCUAUUGGUGGGAGGAAAGGGAUUGGAUCUCGUGGUGCGAAAAGCGCCAACAAAUUAGGUGGUAAGAACUGUGUCAUCCUCGAGGUUUUGAACAGCGCGCCUCGAUGGUUAAGUCACGUCAUAAAACGAAAGCAACUAAUUUAAAUAAGCUCCAAAAGAAAAACAAAUGAAUAUAUUAAGUUUAAUUAGUAAUAUUACACUGUUUCUUUGCAUUACUCAGUGAAUCAGAUCUCACGUAACGAGUUUCAGUUGAAACUGAAUUGGAUUUUCCUUAACCUUGUCUUACGUAGAUAAAGUAGAAUGCGGUCAUCUACUUACUUACAAAUUCAUCUUUUCAAAAGAGAUUUCACACUUUUUUUGGUUUUUUAACUACACAGCUAGUCAUCACAAUUUGUUGAACGUUUAGCCUAGUCAUGGUCAUUGUACGAUUCUGAUUGGCUAGUUUUUACAUCUGUGCCUAAACAUGCGUUUUCCCUUUAUGGAUAUCCCAAGUCUUUAUGUUUCAUAUUUUGUUCUCACUUUUGUAACGAGUGUCUUUUAAAGUUAUAUACUGAGGAUUAAAAAGACUCACAAAUUUAUUCAUUUUUAAUAAAUCACACUUGAGAAAUUAAUCUCCUAAGACGCCGAUAACUGUGUUGAACACUUUAUUCACAUGAAAUCAACAGAAGAAUUUCAAGAUCUAUAUACUGAAAAAAUUCAGCAGCCACAAAGCAUAAUACACAGUUUACUAUGUGUCGUUGUGUAACAGAUCAGAUAAAAACAUUUAAUUUUGGAUGUUCUCAUGGACAACUCAAAGUCAGAAUGACCGAUCAGCGCAUUGUGAUUAAUGUUAGUGGUCUUCGUUUCGAAACUCAUACUGACACUCUAAAUCGUUUCCCAAAUACACUACUUGGAUGCCCGUUCCGAAGGAGCCGUUAUUAUGAUUCUCUUAGAAAUGAAUAUUUUUUUGACCGCAAUCGUCCAAGUUUUGAUGCAAUACUCUAUUUUUAUCAGAGUGGUGGAAGACUUAGAAGACCUGUUAAUGUACCAAUAGAUGUUUUUACGGAGGAAAUAAAAUUCUAUGAUCUAGGGGAAGAAAUUUUCGAACGUUAUCGUGAAGACGAAGGAUUCACUAAAGAGGAUAUCCAUAUUCUGCCUAAAAAUAAAUUCCAAAGGAAAGUUUGGUUACUUUUCGAAUACCCCGAGAGUUCAACUGCAGCACGAUGUGUAGCUAUUGUUUCCUUAUUAGUCAUUCUUAUAUCAAUUAUUAUAUUUUGUGUUGAGACACUACCACAUUUUAGGCACUAUGAACUUCAAUUUAUCGAAGAUUCUAAUGAACUACCAAUAAUUUCUGCUGUUGAUACUCCUCAAGUUACAGGAACACUAUUUAUUUUAGAAUCUAUAUGUGUUGUAUGGUAUACCUUUGAAUUAUUAAUACGUUUUGCAGCUUGUCCACAAAAGUUAGCAUUUUUUAGACAGGUAAUGAAUCUUAUCGAUGUGGUAUCAAUUAUUCCUUAUGCUAUUUCAAUAGGGGCACUUUUAGCUGAAGCUAACAAAGGCCAAAAUCAAGCUAUGUCAUUAGCAAUUUUAAGAGUGAUCAGGCUUGUCAGAGUUUUUCGCAUAUUUAAAUUAUCACGUCAUUCUAAAGGACUACAAGUUCUAGGGAGGACACUCAAAGCAAGUUUUCGUGAAUUAUGUUUACUUUGUUUCUUUUUAUUUGUUUGUGUGGUUCUGUUUUCGGCUGCAGUUUAUUUUGCUGAAGUCGAUGCUAGUGAAGAACAAUUUCCAAGUAUUAUUGAUGCAUUUUGGUGGGCAGUAGUGACAAUGACUACAGUAGGAUAUGGAGAUAUGAGACCUGUAACAAUGUGGGGAAAGAUUGUAGGUUCAAUGUGUGCAAUUGCAGGUGUCCUAACUAUAGCACUUCCUGUACCUGUUAUUGUAUCAAACUUUAAUUAUUUUUAUCAUAGAGAGUCAGAAAGUGAAGAACUAACUACUUAUGUCCAUGUCUCAGAUGAUCAAAAGGGUUUUAAUUAUCCCGAUAAUAAAGCUUUAGGUAAUUUUCAUGAUGAAACACUUGAGUAUAGAAAUGAAGAAAAAUACAAAGGAAGGAAGGCAGCAGUAAUUUUACGACAAUCUUUUUCACAACCAUCUGAUCGUGAAAGAGUUUCUUCUGUAUUAAGUAGUACUUUAAAAAAUCUUGAAGUAGAACAUGAGGAGGUAUCCAGUUGUAUAGAUUCAUUAGGUGAAUUAGACAAUCUAUGCAUGGAAGCAAGAAAUUCUCAGGUGAAUACAAAUCAAGCCUCUAUAUCAUACAGACAUCAUCAUCAAGCUUUUCAAGAGGUUAUGCAAAAACACGAUAUGCAAACACAGCGAUUUAAAGAUCUAUAUCCUCAACAACUGAUAGCAUCUAAUAACAAAAGAAUUUCACUUCUAACUCAUUCAACAGUUUUUCCAGAAGAAUCUUGUUUGAACAAAACCUGAUAUAUAUAUAUAUAUAUAUAUAUAUAUAUAUAUAUUCAUUGAUGUUUAUCAUGUAUGUUCAGUUGGUUGUUACUUCCCUUAUUAUUCGGAUCUACUAAACUGUAGAAUUUAUAAAUAUUGGAUACACAAUAACCAAGUCAAUUAUAUAUUUACACAAGCCUUCAAUAUAUAUAUAUAUUUGUUUAAAACUCCGGUGUUUAAAUGAACGACGAUAUUUAACAUGUUCUGUUAUGAAAUGUUUUUAUUUGAUCAACAUCUAAUGAAUAAGACAAAAGACUUAAUGUUAAAAAGAUCAAUGUAUUCUUCACACACACACACACAUACACAUACACAUACACUUUCCUCUUCAUUUUAUAACUUCCUGAAAUGGAAAUUCACUCUAUAAAAAAGAUAUUAUUGUCAAUGAAUUUCCAAGUGGACAAGAACAAUGGAAUACAAUAAAACAACAAUUUAAUCAACACUUUCGUAACCAUUUUUCAUUUCUUAUCAUCUGUAUAUGAAUAAAUGAAACACAUAUCUAUAAUAUUACAAACACUUAUCUUCCAUUAAAUAAAACAGAACUAAUCAAGCUGGUCUUCAAAAUUAAUUCCAUUUUCAAACGUGUCAUAGAAACACAACGUAUACAUACAUACAUAUAUACUGAUCUUUAAGUUUCAUAAGUCAAGAUUUUUUUCAAAAUAAUAUAACACUCAUUGUUUUUGUUCUUCUCUUUUCAAUGUAAAAAAUUAUUCACUACCAUUUAUUGAAUAAUUUCGAUGAUAUCAUGCUUUUUUUCUCUCCUUUCAAAUAAACAAG